AUGGCAAGUCUCCUUGUGGGCUACGAAAGUAGCGACGAUGAAGAAGUCGUGCAGCAGCAGCAGCCAGAUCCAAAGCCGCUGAAACAAACUCAAGAUACUACCAUUAGUCUGGAUAAGAAGCCAGACGUCCCGGCAGAACCCAGCACUGCCUCACAAAAACCAAAUGAGCAAGCAGAAGCCAUCAUCGGACCACAGAUAGGCCCAGCAGCCGCCGGUCCCAGCUUCCCCCCGCUGGAAGAAGCGCCCCUAGAAGACGAUGAGGACAACGGCCCCGGCUUACCGCCAGGCUCGCCGUACACAGCAACGCGCGCGCUCCUGCGGGACCUAACGCUGCCCCCCGUCCCAAACACAGACAUCCCGCCAUCGCCCCCAGGCUCACCGCCGCCAGGCACCAACGCCAAGUUCGAGCGGUUUCUAGAGCUCAAGCGGCAGGGCGUGCACUUCAACUCGCGGGUGGCCCAGAACCCGUCGCUGCGCAACCCCGCGCUCACCGACAAGUUGCUGUCGUUUGUCGACCUCGGCGCCCCGGUCGACCAGUACCGGACCGCCUUGCCUGCGGAUAUCUGGGACCCGGCUGCGUUCCCGCGCUGGGCGUAUCGCGAGCAGCUUAAGCAGAGCCAGAGCGAGGUUGAGAAGGCUAGGGCUAGGGGUAAGGGCGCGCCGGUGGAUUUUGUGGCGGCGGCGGCGGAUGGGCAGAGUACUUCGCAGGGAGGGGGUGCGUCGAAGGCGAGUACGGGGAAGAGGAAGACAAGGUUUGAUGCGUAG